AACCAUAGCUUAAGCUCCAGCCACCAUGACAUCCCGCCCCAUUUCGCGCAAACGUCUGCAUGUACUCUACACUGCACCACUCUUGCUUGGCGUCACCUGCCUCGUCUUGAUCAUCUUCUCGCUUGGUGGACUAGUCCCCUGGAAACAGACGAGCGGAACAAUUAUGGUUAUCCAUCGUACCUCUUCUGACGCGCAAAAUAAUAAUACCGCGUCGUUCCACUUUGGUUUACUAGGCUCGUGCUAUCAAGCAGCGGCGGGGCACCAGCUGCAUUGCACACCCGCCGCGUUUCCACCCGAUUACAACACGACUAUCUUACGAGGUGGCAAGGAUAUCAAUGCAGAACAUCUUGAUAUCAUGAUGCCCGACCUACCUCCCGUCUUCUUCACUUGGUGGCUCAUUUCAGUCGUAGCGCUGGUCUGUCACGUUGUCGGGUGCCUACCUAUCUACGCUCCGCGACAUUUCAGCCAACACAGGUUUUGUAGUCAAAAGCUUUUCACGGCCACUCUAUGGAUUCUCGGCAUUGGUUGGACCCUUGGAUUUUCAGCCGUAUUAUCUCUGGCUUGCUUUGUCGAGGGUUUUGGAGACGAGUACAAUCUCUUUUCGGCCGACUUCUUGUACAAUCAAGCAUCAGCGGGGAAAAUAUUCGUACUGUUGACAUUCGCGAUGGUCACUCAAUUUAUAAUCGGCCUUGCAGUUAUAGUGCAAAUUUCGAACGCACCAAAAAAAGAUGCAGGAGACUUUUCUUCUUCUUGGGCCGAUCAUCUACGCGUGACUGGGCCGUGA